AGCUAAAUCCCAAAUCUUAAUCACAAAGAAAUAAUUAAAACCUCAAAAUCUUGAAUUCAAGAAUAAUGGGUGCCAUUCUCGCUCUGUUUUUCUUCAUCACAAUCUUCUUACACGCCGCCGAAUCAAGAAUCCCCGGGAUUUACUCCGGCAGCGCAUGGGAAACCGCGCACGCCACAUUCUACGGCGGGAGUGACGCCUCCGGGACCAUGGGCGGCGCGUGCGGGUACGGGAACCUGUACAGCCAAGGAUACGGCGUGAACACGGCGGCGCUCAGCACGGCGCUGUUCAACACUGGGCUGAGCUGCGGUGCGUGCUUCGAGAUCAAGUGCGCCGACCCGAAGUCGUGCGUCGACGGGAACCCGUCCAUUUUGAUAACCGCCACCAACUUCUGCCCGCCCAACUACGCCUUGUCGAACGACCACGGCGGGUGGUGCAACCCGCCCCGACCACAUUUUGAUCUGUCCAUGCCCAUGUUCCUGAAGAUCGCCGAGUACCGCGCCGGCAUUGUGCCCGUCUCUUAUCGCCGAGUGGCUUGCCGUAGGCCGGGAGGAAUCAGAUUCAUGAUGAACGGUCACCAAUUCUUCAACUUGGUGUUAGUGACGAACGUGGCCGGUGCCGGCGACGUUGUCAAGAUUUGGGUCAAAACUCCGAAGACCAAAUGGAUAGAACUGAACCGCAACUGGGGGCAAAACUGGCAAACCAGUGCCAAUUUGGUUGGUCAAACGCUCUCCUUCAGAGUCAAAGCCAGUGAUCACCGUUCCUCCACCUCAUGGAACGUCGCCCCUGCCAAUUGGCAAUUCGGUCAAACCUUCGUGGGAAAGAAUUUUCGAGUCUAAAGUCAGACAAAUUAAGAUUGUGAUAAAGAGCUUUGAUUUGCUCUUUGUCAUAUCUCUAUAGCAUUGUAUUUUACGUAUUUGAUUGAAUUCUUAUUAGCAUGUGGGAAAAAGAUUGAAUUGUGGGUGAAAAAACGUAGAAAUUUUGGAAGUGUUUUUUCCAGUUUUGUCUCAACUCGUUUGACCAUUUUAUUGUAAGUGCAAGCUUGAAGUGAC